AUGAACCAAACACGAUCCAUCGUCGAAUAUCAGAAUAAUUCAAAUUCGACGUACAAUCACGAUGUUCAUCACCACAGAGAAGAAACAUUCGAUAUGGAACUCAUAAAAAGAUUUUGCACUCCUCUUUGUACGAGAGAUAUGGCGGUGAGAGAAGUGGCAUUGAACGUUAUUGAAAAAACGGUUGAAGGUUGGCUCGAAGGUUACGGGAGUCCGAAAAAAGAUAUAUGCUGUCAAGACCCGUGCGAACCUUUUUACGAAGUCGAAACGGACGAAAGCGGUGACAUUGUCGUUAAAGAAACAAAACCAAACGAUUAUCUAUCCCUUGUUACUCUUCAUUUGCCUGCCAUAUUAAGGCUAAGCGUUAAUUGUCCUUUCGAUGACGUCAGAGAUAAAUUCCUUAAAAUAUUACAAAAUAUAAAGUUGCCUGCUUUGGGAUCAUUUAGUGCUGAGGUAAGUUCUUUAAUUUUUUUUUAA